GCAGAAUGAUCGCGUUCAGAAAUCCGAAAAGACCAUCGUCUGCACUUCCGCGUCGCAGCUUCGUUGUUGUCGAUUCCAGUCGUUGUCGGUCGGCCAAGCGGUAUCGUCGCGUCGCCUCACACAUCGGUUUCGAACAAAGCAAAAGCUACAAAUCACGAUUUUUCUUGGUUUUUUUGCUGUCCCGUUUUGCAUUUUGUCC